AUGUCGGCCUCCAAGUGCUUGAGGUGCCUCGUGCGGCCCUCGCCGACGACGCUUCCAGUUUCGGUUCCCCAGCAUGUGCCCAAGAACAUCGCGCCCUUUUCGACAACGGGCGCCAAAGCCGGUCAAAACCCGAAGCCUGCGCCCUCGGUGCCUAAGAACCCCAACGCCCUGCAGCCCUACCGAUCUGGAAAGAAGAUGACGCUCAGCAAGUUCAAGAAGAACAAGGUUAUUGAUCGGGGCAAAGCCCCGCUGCCUGGCGAGCGGAAGGCGUGGCGCAAGCGGAUCAGCCUUAGCAACGACAAUGCCCUUCCGGUACCGUGGCUGACCCAAAUGCGCCCAGGGGACAUGGCCGACUCCGGGAACGUUGCCAAGGUUUUCUCUCUACCAGCGGGCCUGCAAGACCAGCUGCGCGCCUGUGAGGCCUUCAAACCGACACAAAGCUGGAAUAUGUUCAGGACACCCUCAGUGUUGGUGCGGAACGAGACUGUCGACGUGAUGGGCCGGAUGCAGCAAGCGGCUGGCGAGAAUAAAACAGCAAGGCUCGUGCUCACGGGCGACAAGUUCACGGGGAAAAGCCUGAUGCUUCUCCAAGCUAUGGCGCAUGCUUACCUCAACGAGUGGAUUGUGAUCCAUGUUCCAGAUGCCCAGGAAUUAACCACGGCAAGCACCGAAUAUGCGCCCAUCCCGGGCACCGACCCGGUUCAGUACAUGCAACCAAACUACGUGCUCAAGCUCAUUCAGAACUUCAGGAAGGCCAAUGAAGCCGUCCUCUCCAAGACGUACACUGCCACCGCGCACCCCGAGCUCCCGCAAAACAUCACCGUCAACACCCCGCUCCUCAAUCUCUGCCAAACGGCCAAAGAACCCGAAGGCGCCUGGGUCGUCUUUCGCGCACUGUGGAACGAGCUGAUGGCCAAGAAUGUCCCGCGGCCGCCCAUCCUCUUCACGCUCGACGGCCUCGCGCACAUCAUGAAGAUGUCCGACUACCGCUCGCCGAGCUUCGAGCUGAUCCACUCGCACGACCUGGCCUUUGUGCGCCACUUCACCGAGCUGCUGGCCGGCAACACGAGCUUCCCGGGCGGCGGCGCCGUCAUCGCGGCCACGAGCCGCAGCAACGCGCCGCGCGUGCCCAGCAUGGAGCUCGUCCUGGCCCAGCGCGAGGCCGAGCAGGCCCCGCGCGGAGCCGCUGAGGUUCCCCAGCCCGAUCCCUUUUUCCGUGGCUACGACAAGCGCGUCGAGUCGGUCCUGCGCUCUGUCGACGUCGUCCGCGUCAACGGCGCGAGCAAGCCCGAGGCGCGCUCGCUCAUGGAGUACUGGGCCGCGAGCGGCCUGCUCCGCGACACGGUGGACGAGAAGCUGGUUACCGAGAAGUGGGCGCUCGGCGGCAACGGCGUGCUCGGCGAGAUGGAACGCGCCGCGCUCAUGACCAUGAGGAUUUGA